AUGUCCAGCCUCGCUCGAGAUGCAGCAGCUUUCAAGUCUGCUCUACACAGGCAGGACUAUACAUCUUGGCACUCUCAACCUCCUCCACUUCAGCAGCAACAGCAGCAGCCUGCACCCGAAUCCACGGACGUGUCAUCAAAGUCUAAGAAGAAGCAUGUUGUGUACUCCCAGCCUGCUGACACUGGCUCUGGCACGAACGUCAAUACUCAACUCGUUUAUGUUGUGAAUCAUCUCAAGUCCACAGGCAACCCUACCCGAUUGCAAGAUCUCGCCAUUUUGACCAACACGCCCAUUGAUACCGACGCGGUCCUACUUGAGAAGUUCAAAGCACACGAUCGUGUUUUAUACGAUCCUAAAACGGAUCUCUACUCCUACAGACACGACUACAAUGUGAGAAACAAAGCGGCCCUCUUGACUGAAAUUCAGCGACAGACACGCAAAGGUGGCGGACUUUCAGUGCGCACACUCAAAGAGAGCUGGAAGGAGGCGCCACAGGCGAUAGAGGAGCUUGAAAACGAAGGAGAGGUGUAUGUGACCCGCACGCUCAAGGACGGUCAGAUGAGGAUGGUUUUCUGGAAUGAGGUGAAACCGGACGAGGAGAGUGGGGGUAUGCCAGUGGAGAAAGAAUUCAACGAUCUCUGGCAUUCUCUUCACGUCCCGAAUGAUGUGGACCUCCUCAAGCAGCUUGCAUCAGAAGGAUUGCAAGCCACAGCCGCUGAGACGAUUAUUCCAAAAACUGGAGCUGGAAAGAAGAAGGGCAAGCGGACUGCACCACGGCAUCGACAGGUGCGGAUCACCAACACACAUUUGAAAGGACAAAUAGACCUUUCUAGAGAUUAUGUCGCUCCUGGUGCGAAAUAA